AUGGCGGCAGGCACAGCCGACUCACUCGACCAAUUCGCCGAGUACGAGGACUAUCUUGACUCGUUUGUGCUCCCUGUUGAUCUGUACUAUCUUGGAGAUGAAUCGCUGGCUAGGCAGCUGGUGGAACUCGACGUCAAGGGCCCCGGAGACUUGCUCUCGCGGGCAGAGUUCAAGAGGCUCAAGUCGGAUGAGACGCAACGAACGGCCAAGAUCCGUAACGCUCCAAAGUCACUGGCCCAUGCUGGGCUAGAGGGCGAGUUCCGUGACUAUCCGCUGCUGGUCGAACUCGCACAGCGGGAGGAGCUGGUGCUCUCGGGCAAACUGGCUACCAUCAUCUUCAUCCGCCACGUCAACCGCAAGGGCCAGGAGAUCUCCGGCUACAUCGACUACGCCCAUCGACUCAAGACCGACAACUUUGAGGAGUACUUUGCUCUCCACCGCGUCUUGCUCCCGCGGCCCUCGGACCUCUCGUUCUACAACUGGGAGACACAGACGUGCACCUCCAACGCCACCACAAACUUCCAGGUCAUUGCUGACAACGAGAAAGGCCUGCAGUUUAAGAACAAGCGCGAUCGCAAGAUCAUCAACGUCAGCCCCGAGGAGCAUCCGGGCCACUCGUCGUUCCGCAAGCCAUUGGAGAACACGCAGUACGUCCAGUGUGUGCUGUACGACCAUGUCACUCGCAGAAAGUCGUAG